UUUCUACAUCAAAGUGAACAUUUUUAUCCCCAUGUUGAUGUUGACAAUAUUGAUGAUAAGAUUUAUAUUGCACCGUUUGCGUCAGUAGAACAGAACCCCGAGCUACAGGACUGUAUCUAAGGUUACGGCAGAAAAGACUCGGUGGGGGAGAAAAUGAUUCAGCAGUCGACAAAUAUGCUUCCGUACUAAAGUAACAGGAUUAGCCCCAGGAAUCCGAGUAAGCCUCCUACCAUCUGAAGCACAUGGCUGUGUGUGUGUCUGCUACGACUCCACUGUGUGAACAGAGCCAUGACGUAGAAGGAACACAGUCUUCAUUGUUUUUCUGCUACUAUCAAUGUACUUUUAUUAAUAUUCAGUAUUUAACUCUGACUUUGACUUUGCAGAGGCCUCACUUCUGACAUCUGAUGACCUGGAAUCAACUCACAGCUGAACCAUGGUCAUUCUGCAGCAGGGAGAUUAUGUGUGGCUGGACCUGAAAACUGGUCGAGAGUUUGACGUUCCAGUGGGCGCGGUGGUCAAACGGUGUGACUCCGGACAGACCCAGGUCCUGGAUGAUGAAGGCCAUGAACACUGGAUAUUUCCUCAGAGCGCCACCAACAUCAAACCCAUGCACCCGACCUCCAUUCAUGGCGUGGAGGACAUGAUCCGUCUAGGCGACCUCAACGAGGCCGGAAUUCUCCGCAACCUGUUCAUCCGCUACAAAGAGCAUGUCAUUUACACAUACACAGGUUCCAUCCUGGUUGCAGUGAACCCGUACCAGCUGCUGCCGAUUUAUACCGCUGACCAAAUUCGCCUCUACACCAACAGGAAGAUCGGGGAGAUGCCACCUCACAUAUUCGCCAUCGCCGACAACUGCUACUUCAACAUGCAGCGCAACAACAAGGACCAGUGCUGCAUCAUUAGCGGAGAGUCCGGGGCUGGAAAGACAGAGAGCACCAAGCUGAUUCUGCAGUUUCUGGCCGCCAUCAGUGGCCAACACUCCUGGAUAGAGCAGCAGGUCCUGGAGGCCACACCGAUCCUGGAAGCUUUUGGCAACGCCAAGACGAUUCGCAACGACAACUCCAGUCGCUUUGGGAAGUACAUCGACAUCCACUUCAACAAGAGAGGCGCCAUCGAAGGGGCCAAGAUAGAGCAGUACCUGCUGGAGAAGUCUCGAGUGUGUCGACAGGCUCCCGAUGAGAGAAACUACCAUAUUUUCUACUGCAUGUUGAAGGGCAUGUCUCCAGAAAUGAAGGCCAAGCUGGGGCUGGGCCUGGCCACAGACUACUGUUACCUCACCAUGGGUGACUGUACAGAGUGUGACGGUCGUGAUGAUCUGACCGACUACUCCAGCAUCCUGUCGGCCAUGAAGGUUCUCAUGUUCACCGAGAAGGAAAACUUAGAGAUUUCCAAACUGCUGGCUGCCAUCCUGCACAUGGGAAACAUGAGAUUUGAAGCUCGUACAUACGACAACCUGGACGCCUGUGUGGUGGUGAGGUCACCUGACCUGAUGACUGCUGCUUCACUCAUGGAGGUGGAGCCCAAGGACGUGAUGCUGUGUUUGACCACAAGGACGCUGAUCACUCGAGGUGAAAGCGUCACCACUCCUCUCCGGGUGGAGCAAGGUCUGGACGUCAGGGACGCCUUCGUUAAGGGAAUCUACGGCCGACUCUUCGUCUGGAUCGUGGAUAAAAUCAACGCAGCCAUAUACAGGCCACCGUCCUGUGACAGAACCAUCGCGUCUAGAUCCAUCGGUCUGCUGGACAUCUUUGGAUUUGAGAACUUCAGUGUUAACAGCUUCGAACAGCUGUGCAUCAACUUUGCCAACGAGAACCUGCAGCAGUUCUUCGUUCAGCACGUCUUCAAGCUGGAGCAGGAGGAGUACAACCUGGAGGACAUCUGCUGGCAGCACAUCGAGUUCACGGACAACCAGGAGGCGCUGGACAUGAUCGCCAACAAACCCAUGAACAUCAUAUCCCUCAUCGACGAAGAGAGCAAGUUCCCCAAGGGAACCGAUGCUACGAUGCUCUACAAGCUCAACACACAACACAGGCUCAACUGCAACUACAUCCCUCCUAAAAACAGCUACGAAACCCAGUUUGGGAUCCAACACUUUGCUGGUGUGGUGCAUUACGAGUCCAGGGGAUUCCUGGAGAAAAACCGAGACAGCCUCCACACUGACAUCAUCCAUCUCGUCCACUCCUCCAAGAACAAGUUCAUCAAGCAGAUCUUCCAGGCUGAUGUGGCCAUGUUUCUGUGUGGCUAUCAGCAGCCCUGCACUCCUCCUCCAAAGGGUGCAGAGACCAGGAAACGCUCCCCGACUCUGAGCAGUCAGUUCAAACGUUCCCUGGAGAUGCUGAUGAGGACACUGAGUGUGUGUCAGCCGUUCUUUGUGCGCUGUGUAAAACCCAACGAGUUCAAAAAACCAAUGUUGUUCGACCGAGAGCUCUGUAUCCGUCAGCUGCGUUACUCCGGCAUGAUGGAGACCAUCCGCAUCCGCCGGGCUGGUUAUCCCAUCAGAUACACAUUUGCUGAGUUUGUGGACCGUUAUAGAGUCCUGAUGCCGGGGGUCAAACCUGCUCACCUACAGGAGGAUCUACGAGGGACCAGUCAGCAGAUCGUUCUGGUCCGCCUUGGAAAACAUGGCGACUGGCAAAUCGGAAAGACCAAGAUCUUCUUGAAGGAUCAUCACGACAUGCAGCUGGAGGUGGAGAGAGACAAAGCCAUCACAGACAAAGUGAUUCUGAUCCAGAAGUCCGUGCGACGACUGAGAGCGCGAAACAACUUCCUCAGACUGAAGAGCGCUGUUGUUUCCAUUCAGAAGUUCUGGAGAGGAUAUCACUGCAGAAAGAAUUUUCUCCUUAUGCAGUCUGGUUUCCUGCGCCUCCAGGCCGUCUACAGGUCCAGGAAAUACUACAGGAACUAUCAGAGGACUCGUCGACAAAUCACCCUCAUCCAAGCUCGCUGCCGGGGUUUCCUCAUCCGUCUGACAUUUUGGCAGCACCUGCGGGCUGUGUUGACCAUUCAGGCCUACACCAGAGGCAUGAUAGCCAGACGCCUGUGCCAGAGGCUCAGAGUGGAGCUGCAGCGCCGCAUGGAAGCCGAGCGCCAGCGUCUGGCCGAGGAGGAGCAGCUGCGGAACCAGAUGACGGCCCGGCGGGCUAAGGCAGAGGCCGAGAAGAAUCACCAGGAGCGGCUCGUCCAGCUGGCCCAGCAGCAAGAGGAGAGGGAGAAGGAGGAGAAGGAGGAGGCCAGGAAGAAGAAGGAGCUGCUGGAGCAGAUGGAGAGGGAGAAGGAGCAGCCGGUCGAUCACUCCGACAUGGUGGACCUCAUGUUUGGAUUCCUGGGGAACUCUGGGCCGUUACCCAACCAGGACGGACAAGCACCAGCUGGAUUUGAGGACCUGGAGAAGACGUCCUUUGAAAGAGAAGACCAGGAGGACGUGGUUAAUGAAGCUCUGCCGCUGCCUGACGAGGAGGAGGAAGACUUGUCCGAGUACAAGUUUUCCAAAUUUGCUGCCACUUACUUCCAGGGCGUUUCCACUCACACGUACAUCAGACGACCUCUGAAACAACCUCUGCUCUUCCAUGAGGAUGAAGGAGAUCAGCUGGCUGCACUGGCCGUGUGGAUCACCGUGCUGAGGUUCAUGGGCGACCUCCCCGAGCCCAAGUGUCAGAUAGUGAUCCAUGACGGCAGCGAGAAAAUCCCCGUCAUGACCAAGAUUUACGAGACGCUCGGCAAGAGGACGUACAAGAGGGAGCUGCAGGAGCUGCAGGUGGAGGAGGAGACCAGCUCUGAAGACAGCCAGAAGAGGAACAGCGUCAGACACAAACUAGUGUCGCUCACCCUGAAGAGAAAAUCAAAAAUCACAGAAGAGGUCACCCGCAGGUUGACAGAAGCCGACUACGGCCUGCAGGGGAACAGCAUGUUGGAGGAUCGACCCACGUCCAACCUGGAGAAACUUCACUUCAUCAUCGGCAACGGUAUCUUACGGCCUGCGCUCAGAGAUGAGAUCUACUGUCAGAUCUGUAAACAGCUCUCUCAGAAUCCGUCCAAGAGCAGCCACGCUCGAGGAUGGAUCCUGCUGUCUCUCUGCGUCGGCUGCUUCGCUCCGUCUGAAAAGUUUGUCAAAUAUUUAAGGACUUUCUUGGUCAGUGGUCCUCCUGGUUACGCACCGUACUGUGAGGAAAGGUUGAGGAGGACUUUUGUGAAUCGAACACGGACUCAGCCGCCGUCAUGGUUGGAGCUUCAGGCCACCAAAUCCAAAAAGCCCAUAAUGUUGCCGGUCACGUUCAUGGAUGGCACGACAAAGACUCUCCUGGCCGACUCGGCUACCACUGCCGGUGAACUCUGUCACGCUCUGGCCGACAAGAUCAACCUGAGAGAUCGAUUCGGCUUCUCAUUGUACAUCGCCCUGUUUGACAAGGUGUCGUCGUUGGGCAGUGGUAGCGACCACGUCAUGGAUGCUGUGUCUCAAUGUGAGCAGUAUGCCAAAGAGCAGGGUGCCCAGGAGAGGAACGCCCCCUGGAGGUUGUUCUUCAGGAAGGAGAUCUUCACCCCCUGGCACAACCCGGCUGAGGACUGUGUGGCCACAAACCUCAUCUACCAGCAGAUCGUGCGAGGGGUGAAGUUUGGAGAGUAUCGCUGUGAGAAGGAGGAGGACCUGGCUGAACUGGCCUCGCAGCAGUACUUUGUGGAUUAUGGCGCUGAGAUUCUCCACGAUCGUCUUAUCUGCCUGAUUCCCUCCUACAUCCCCGACAGGGAAGUCACCCCGGCGAAGACGCUGGAGAAGUGGGCUCAGCUCAUCAUCAGUGCCCACAAAAAGGGAGUUCACCUGAAGAGGAGGUCCAACCCCGAGAAGGUGAAGGAGGACGUGGUGGACUUUGCACGAUUAAAGUGGCCUUUACUUUUCUCACGCUUCUACGAGGCCUUCAAAUUCUCAGGACCCAGUCUGCCCAAGAACGACGUGAUCGCAGCAGUGAACUGGACCGGGGUUUACUUCGUGGACGAACAGGAGCAGGUUCUUCUGGAACUCUCUUUCCAAGAAAUCACUGCCGUGUCAAGCAGCAGAGGAGGAAAACUCCAGGGCCAGAGUUUUACUUUAGCCACAGUUAAGGGUGACGAGUACACGUUUACCUCCAACAACUCUGAGGACAUCCGGGAUCUGGUGGUGGCCUUUCUAGAGGGUCUGAGGAAAAGGUCCAAAUAUGUAGUGGGACUGAUGGACUGUCCUAGCCCCGGUCCUGGUAUGAACAGAGAGAGAAGAGAGUCUAAGACAAUGUGUAGAGAGAAAGCGGGGGUCGACUCCACAUUCUUAAGCUUUUCCAAAGGCGAUCUGAUCGUCCUGGACGAACACACAGGCGAACGCAUGAUGAACUCUGGCUGGGGUCACGGGGUCAACGACAGGACUAAGCUGAGAGGAGAUUUUUCCUCGGACUGCGUCUACAUCCUGCCGACCAUCACCCGACCACAGUACGACAUCGUGGCUCUGGUGACCAUGACUCCUGAUCAGAGGAGAGAAUCCAUCACUUUGUCCCAGUUGAACCUUUUGGCGAAAGAGGAAAAAACCAGGGCCUACACUCUGGAGGAGUUCUCCUACGACUUCUUCAGGUCUCCUCCUAAAAACACUUUCAGCAUGGUGAUGAUCACUAAAGCCCGAGGGAAGGAGCGUUUGUGGAGCUGCAGCAGGGAACCCCUCAAACAGCCUCUGCUGAAGAAAGUGCUGGCCCACGAGGAGCUCUCCCAGGACGCCUGUCUGACCUUCUUAGCUGUGAUGAAGUACAUGGGCGACUACCCGUCCAAGCGAGUGCGUUCAAUCCACGAGCUCACAGACCAGAUCUUUGAAGGUGCCCUGAAGGCCGAGCCGCUCAAAGACGAGAUCUUCUGUCAGAUUCUAAAACAGCUGACUGAUAAUCAAGUGAAAUACAGUGAGGAGAAGGGCUGGGAGCUGCUGUGGCUCUGUACUGGUUUGUUUCCUCCCAGUAACGUCCUGCUGCCUCACGUGCAGAAGUUCCUGCAGGCGAAGAAACAUUAUCCACUGGCAGCAGACUGUAUGCAGAGGCUGCAGAAGGCCUUACGAAACGGUUCCAGGAAGUAUCCUCCUCACCUGGUGGAGGUGGAGGCCAUCCAGCACAAGACCACUCAGAUCUUCCACAAGGUCUACUUCCCAGACGACUCAGAUGAGGUGUUUGAGGUGGAGUCCAGCACCAAAGCCAAAGACUUCUGCCACAGCAUCUCUGGACGUCUGCUGCUCAAAUCCUCCGAAGGCUUCAGUCUGUUUGUCAAGAUCACUGACAAGGUCAUCAGCGUCCCCGACGGCGACUUCUUCUUCGAUUUUGUGAGGCACCUGACCGACUGGAUCAAAAAAGCCAGACUCGGAAAAGACGGUGCAGUGCCUUCUCUCACCUAUCAGGUUUUCUUUAUGAAGAAGCUGUGGACCAACACUGUACCAGGAAAAGACGCCAUGGCCGACUCCAUCUUCCACUAUUACCAGGAGCUGCCUAAGUAUCUGCGAGGCUACCACAAGUGUUCCCGGGAGGAAGCUUCCCAGUUGGCAGCUCUGAUCUACAGGGUGAAGUUUGAUGAGGACAAAUCUCAUUUUAACAUGGUCUCCAAGAUCCUGAAGGACCUCGUCCCCCAGGACCAGAGCAGAAACCUGUCCCCAGAAGACUGGAAGAGGUCCAUCCUGACACACUUCAACAAACACUCAGGGAAAAGUCCGGAAGAUUCCAAACUCUCUUUCCUCAAAAUCAUCUACAAAUGGCCAACAUUUGGUUCUGCCUUCUUUGAAGUCAAGCAAACAACUGAUCCCAACUUUCCAGAAACUCUGCUGAUAGCCAUCAACAAACACGGGGUCAGUCUGAUUGACCCCAAGUCUAAGGACAUCCUCAUCACUCAUCCUUUCACUAAAAUCUCCAACUGGAGCAGCGGUCACACUUAUUUCCACAUCACCAUCGGGAACCUGGUCCGCGGCAGCAAACUGCUGUGUGAGACCUCACUGGGCUACAAAAUGGACGACCUGCUCACGUCAUACAUCAGCCAGAUGUUGACCACCAUGACCAAACAGAGAACCCCCAGAGGAAACAUCAAGUAGGAGGAGAGAUCGGACAACAGUCACUCACCCCUGAACAAACCCCUCCUGACAUAUCACCUCUAUACCCAGCAUGUGUUUGUGGAGGCUCAAACUUCAGGUCGGGGGCCUGGCUUGUGUCACUGAGCCCAGGUCCGUCAGUAAGUCUACAAUUGACAAGUUGAGUGACAACAGUCAAACUGAAGUUUCUUUUUUUAAAUAACUUUCUGACCUUCUACAGGCCACUGCAUAGAUUCACAAUAAUAACUAAAAUCCACCAACACUAUGAAGCAAAUUUUUAUGCUACAAUUUUCACAUUGUUUUUUUCCAUA